AUGGCACUUUGGAAAUUUAUCGCUUUGCUGUGUCCAUUUCUUUUUUUCGCCCAAAUUUGUUCAAUGCCAACAAAAUGCAUCAUGCGGCGGGGUCUCGUGAAAACAACUCGCAGUCUACUUGAGAAUAUGGGAGGUCUUUUUCCUCGUGAAUGCUUAAAAGAAAACGUCAAAAUAACCUUCCCGAAAUCUGCACUGCAAUCAAAUGACUCCAAUCAGAACAUUGGUGUAGCAAAGGCAGUGUAUAAAAUCAUGGAACACAUUGACUACCUGUUUGCUAACGAUAGUCAUCCAGAAUCCUGGAACCAGAAGAAAGUGGAGGAUUUCCAAAACAUAGUUUUUCGUUUAACUGACGAGUACCAAUGUAUUAUGGGGAGAAAGCAGCGCGUGGAUGAUUUUCCCACAAGAGAAGAUGCACUGAAAACCUAUUUUGAUAAACUGGCCACUCUCCUCAGAAACAAGGACUACAGUGUCUGCGCGUGGGAGGUGGUUCGAAAGGAGCUCCUGUUUGUUCUUAAAUUCACAUCCAGCGCCCGAUCUCUGGGUUUGGAAGCCCGUUCUGCGGCUGCUUCCUCCCGGGGUGAGGGCUCGACGUUCCGCCUGUCUUCCUCCGAGGAGGUUGACGUGGAGGGCAUCGAAGAGGUUUCGCCCCCUCAAUCGCCCCAGUAUGAGGAGCUAGUGGAGAUGCUUACUCACGCCGUGGCCAAAUUAAAGAUCGAUUGGCCCACCGAGCCACAGCAAAACAAUGUCUUCCUCCAAGGAGGCUGA